UUCAACGGCUGCCAUCCAAACCCAUCCCAUCUCCGCUCGCUUUUCCAUCGCAUGUUCUCGGCUCCAGAUGAAAUUGCUUCGUUCUAAGCUUCGAAUCGGUCGGCUGUCGGGAGGAGAACGGUCGAGAUGGCGCGGCUUGGGGCCUGCUCCUCAAAGGCUCACAGCCCUCAGCUUCGUAUAAGAGCGCGAUGGAGCCUUCCAGUUUCCGCCUCAUCAUCACGGCAUCUUAAAAAUCCAGCAUCGUCUCUAUCCUACCAGUUCACCAAUCUCUGUUUCAUUUGAAUCACCUACGAACCCACUUAUUCAACAAUGUCUUCCACAACCACCUCCAUCCCGCCAAAGUCCGUCACCAUCAUCGGCGCCGGCCUAGGAGGUCUGACGCUCGCCCUAGCCCUCAAGAAAAAUGGCAUCGAAUCCAAGCUCUACGAGCUGCGCGACCCAUCCUACGACUUCGGCGGUGCUCUCAUGCUCUCGCCAAACGCGCUCCGCAUGCAAGACCAUCUGGGAGCCUAUGAGCGCAUCCGCACCAAGGGCUACAACUUCGACACUCUGACGUUCAUGAACGACUCGGACCACAAAGAGAUUGGGAAGUACUACUUCGGCAACAAGGAGCGCUACGGGUACCAAGCACUACGCAUCUAUCGCAACGUGCUCAUCGCCGAGCUACGUGCGAUGGUCCAGGAGCAAGGCAUUCCCAUCCAGUAUGGCCGGAAGUUCUCUCACAUCGUCGCCGAGGACGACCAGGGCGUGACCUUCGCCUUGGCCGACGGCACCGAAGAACGCGCCGAAAUCCUCAUCGGCGCCGACGGCAUCCACUCCAAAGUGCGCGCGCAAAUCCUACCCGACAUCGUGCCCGCCUACUCCGGCUUCCUCGGCGUCACCUUCGCCUUCCCAGCCUCCAAGCUGCGCCUCCCCUCCCCGGCCUUCCCAAUGCCCGUCUCCAUCCACGGCAAGAACGGUGCCUUCGUCAUGGCGCCGCAGAACGCCGACGGCACCGAGAUCUUCGCGGGCCGCCAGUUCACUUACCCCAUGCAAGAACGCUCGGGGUGGGACGCGCUGCUCAAGUCGAAGACUGAGCUGGUUGAAAUGCAUCAGCGCGACAUGGACGAGUGGUCCGACCUCGUGCAGUCCGGACAGGAGCAGAUCAGCACCCCGGACGUGCACAGCAUCAACACCUGGCCCUUCCACACGGUGCCCAAGCUAGAUAAAUGGUCAUCGGACGGCGGACGCGUAGUCAUCGUGGGCGAUGCCGCGCAUGCGAUUCCGCCGACCGCGGGCCAGGGCGCGAAUCAAGCGUUCGAGGAUAGCUACAGUCUUGCGCUGCUACUGGGCUCGCUUGGGUCCGACGGUGUGGACUUGAACUUGCGCGGCGCGCUGCGCAAGUGGCAGGAAUAUCGGCAGGAGAGGAUUGAUAGGGUUUUGGUGCUGAGCACGCAGAUGAGCAAUAUCCGGCUUUCGGAAGAGGAGAAGAGGAAGUUGCCGGAAGAGCAGGUCUGGCAUGAAGAGGAGGGUGAUCCGUUGGCAUGGCUGUAUUUGAACGACGUUGAGCGGGAUAUGAAGGGUGUGCUGGGGGAGAAGCUGUGAGAUGAACACGGUGAUCUGGAUAUUGCGUACUGUUGGGUAUACCGUCUGUGUUCGACUCUCAAAAUAUUUUUUUUAGGGAGGGUUUGUUAGGGUCGUCUCGAAUCACUUCACCGGUCAGUGUGCAAUCACGAACUCGCGUCUUAAAUGGUAUUGAUCUUCUCGUAUCCGUCCCAGCUCGGACGCCACAACUACCCCUUCGGGAUCCAACCGGCAGCCAU